GGGUCGCUAUUCCAGGCAUCUGGCAGCACCGUAACCUGCAUUUCUAGCCUCUAAUGCAAUGCGGUGGCGCUCCACAGAUCAUCCCCCAGGUCUAGUGUGUGUUGGCUGUUUGGGGAUAAAGCACGGCGCUAUUCGGUCAUGUGAUUCCUGCCUUUUUCUCCUCCUUCUAAGUUGAAAGGCAGGAGCAGAGCGGUGGAGGGGCCCAGCUCAGCUCGUCUUUCCUGCUUGUCGCGGAUGCAGCGUUUUCUCCCCCUUUUUCACCACAGUGAUAUUUCUUUUUAGCUCGGGUUUUUUUUUUCUUAAACGAAACGUUUUUUUUUUCACAAUGACGGGGGCUAUCAUCGAGAAUAUGAGCACCAAAAAGUUGGUGAUUGUGGGAGUUACUCUGCUUUUGUUCCAGGCGCUCGCCUUCAUGGUCGGCGGGUUAAUUGCUCCCAACCCCACCAGUGCUGUUGAAUACAUGGCGACAAAGUGUGUGGACACAAUCAAGCGCCGACAAGAAACCAAGUGGUUCAUGCCUUGGGGUCCUAACCAGUGUGACAAAAUCCAGACCUUUGACGAGGCCAUGGCAAAGGGGAUUGAAGCUAACAACAUCGUGUUCGCUGUGCAUAUUCCUAUGCCCAACAACGAGAUGAGCCCCUGGUUCCAGUUUAUGUUGGUCAUCCUGCAGUUUGACAUUGCAUUUAAGAUGUACAACCAGAUCGCUGAAGGAGCGGUAGUCACUAUUGAUGUUGGCCUGGCCUACCGAGAUGAUUCAUUCAGCGAGUGGACAGAGAUGGCUCAAUCAUUUGAACAUAGGAACCUAAACUGCAACUUUACAGCUGACAAGACCUUUGAGAAUGAGGGCCGUUUCUAUGAAUGUGACCCCCUACCUUUCUUGGAGGUGGGGAGUGUGGCUCAUAAAUACUACCUCAUCAACAUCCGCCUGCCAGUCAACGUGCGCAAGAAGGUUAAUAUUGGGAUUGGGGAGAUCAAAGACAUUCGUCUUGUGGGCAUCCAUCAGAAUGGAGGCUUCACUAAGGUCUGGUUUGCCAUGAAGACGUUCCUCACACCCAGCAUCCUCAUCAUAAUGAUCUGGUACUGGAGACGGAUCACCCUCAUGACUAGACCUCCUGUCCUCCUGGAAAAGGUCAUCUUCGCUCUGGGCAUCUCCAUGACAUUCAUCAACAUCCCUGUGGAGUGGUUCUCUGUUGGUUUUAACUGGACCUGGAUGCUUCUUUUUGGAGAUAUCAGACAGGGUAUUUUCUACUCCAUGCUGCUGUCCUUCUGGAUCAUCUUCUGUGGGGAACAUCUCAUGGACCACAUGGAAAGAAACCGCUUUUCUGUCUACUGGAAGCAAGUUGGACCGAUUGUGUUUGGUUCCUUCUGCCUAUUUAUCUUCGACAUGUGUGAGAGAGGUGUGCAGCUAACAAACCCUUUCUUCACCAUCUGGGCCUCAGAUGUGGGAACCGAGCUAGCCAUGUCAUUCAUAACUGUGGCAGGAAUCUGUGCCUGUCUCUACUUCCUCUUCCUUUGUUUCAUGGUAUUUCAAGUCUUCCGUAACAUCAGUGGUAAAAGGAGUUCCCUGCCUGCCAUGUCGAAGGCUAGACGCCUGCAUUAUGAGGGUCUGAUUUUCAGGUUCAAAUUCCUCAUGCUGGUCACUCUCACCUGUGCUGCCAUGACCAUCAUCUUCUUCAUCGUCAGCCAGGUGACUGAGGGUCACUGGCACUGGGGGGAUUACAGAGUGCAGUUGAACAGCGCCUUCUUCACUGGCAUCUAUGGAAUGUGGAAUCUGUACGUCUUCGCCAUCAUGUUCCUGUAUGCACCUUCUCACAAACGUUAUGGAGACGAACAGUCAAGUGGUCAGUGCAUUGCUGGUGAUGGUGGAGCCACAAGUGGAGAGGACAUUCAGCUGACCACCACAGUCACCCAUGUUGACGGGCCUACUGAGAUCUACAAAAUGACUGGGAAAGAGGCCCAGGAAUAGUUUACACACUGUCCGAGAUGGCCAUCUGCUCUGCACUACCUUCGUCUUUCAUAUCCCCUCUCCACAUGCUUCAACAAUCCACCUGACAAACAGCUGCUCAGUGCUGCACUCUUUCUAUCACAGAACACUAAACCUGUUUAGGUGCCGCCCUGUUUCUGUAGUCCUUCUUGUAACCUUCACGUCGGUCCUUUUUAUUUCAGUGGACUUACUGUCACAUUUCACACUAUAUGUACGCUGUGGUGUGUGUAAAUGUUACACAAUGCGUUUUACAUGAAGCUGGGUACUGAAAAGGAUGUUUGCUACCUGGUAAAAUCCUAUACAUCCAUUAUGUUACAAUGUAGAUAUCCAUGUUUUUUAUACAAGAGCUUAUUUUCAGCUUCACAAUCUGUACGCACCAAGCUCUGAAUGUUUGUGAAGCUGACACUCUUCUUCACUCUGUAUUUAGUGUAGUCUUUUUCUUUUGUAUGCUUAUUUAAAUAAAAACUUUCUGAACUGAU